AAAGCGCGACGGGAAUGCUGCAGUUGAGCAUCUCGUCUGGACGGGAUCCCGUUUCAUUCCCACGAAGCUGUAUGGUUAGAUGAAGGCACUUGUUGUCUUUUAUUGUUAUUGAAUAACCACGCGGAAAUUAUCACGGAGGCACGGCAAGUGGCUUGUUUUUUUUUGCGUUCGCUUAUGUGUGAUGAUGAUCGGUGUUUGCACUCGUUAAUAGAUUUAAGAUAUGACGGGAGGCUACAUAACUAAUAAUAUUAUUUUAAAAAUCCAGACGAAUGCUGGAGGAGGACUCGAAACAAACCUCGCCGAUGUCCAUCUGUAGACUUUUUGUAUCAGUGGCAGAUAACUCCUACAUGGUGUGCAGAUUUAAAACGCUACCGGCUUCUUAAUAACCACCUACCAUAUGUGGUUUUGGAAGACCACUACUGGCUUUUCUCUUGUGUUUCUCUGUCUCUCUUUCUCUCACUCUAUGUCUAAAUAAAGCAGUUGAACUUUUAUUCCAUGCAUUGUUCUCAUUCUGGUAAAUUCUAAGCAGCCUUGAUCGUUAACGGCUUGACUGCUUCUCUAAAACAAUGACGCAAAUGGACUGGGAGCAUAAAGUAAAAAAAGAUGGAUGCCCAGAUAGGAGUCCAAACUUAUCGUCCUGGAACCCUGGACAUGAUGCAAGCCAAAGGGUUAUCAUUGGAGAGGGUCAGUUCUUAAGGCUGGAAUCGUCUGCCACUUUUCAUUCCCUUAUUAUACAGGAUGGCGGACUUCUUGUCUUUGCAGAUAACCCCAAAAAUCCCAUCACGCUACGAUCCCGACACAUUCUUAUUAAAGACGGUGGGGGGCUGCAUAUUGGUUCCCAAAAUUGCCCUUACAAUGCCACAGCCACCAUUUCUUUAUAUGGGAAGUCUACAGAGGACACCUCUGUCAGAGGCUUUGGAAGGAAGUUUCUUGGUGUGGAUGCCAGGGGCACUCUGGAGCUUUAUGGGAGAAAACCAGUAUCUUGGACUUUUCUGACCCGAACUCUAUAUGCGAAGGGGCUGCAGUACGGACCGUAUAAAUUUGAGAGAUACUGGGGAAGCCGAGGGAUUAAUAUAAGGAUUAUAGAUGACGGGACCGCUCAAGUCCUGGCAGCGGAUCGAUUUGAUACGCACAUGACGGUCAACGAAAGCAGAAGACUGAAGGACUUUCUGAGUAGGCAGCCACCCGGGGUCAUCGUAGCAAUGGCAGUGGGAGAUUCCGCAUCCAGGAAUUUGCCGAGAGACGUUCGGGAGGAUAUCAUGGAAGUCCUUGGGAGCAGACACAUCCGACAUUUGGGAUACAGGCAGCCAUGGGCCUUGGUAGGGACUGUUGGAGGGGCAGCGGCCAGCGAGAGCAGGCGACUGUAUCAUUCAAUUGGAUCUACGGGAAGAGCGACAGCGAGACGGCACUUCCAGAAGUACGAUGGGACGUCCUUCACUGUCACGGCCUACAGUGAAUGGGUAAAAGGCUGUCCACACAUUGGAUUCAAAGUCGAAGCCGUGAAGGGCAUUGUCCUGGAUUUGGAGGAUGACACCUCAAGCUGGUCCCCCAAUGACAGAAUUGUCAUCGCCAGCACCGAUUAUUCCAUGUACCAGGCCGAAGAGUUUGGCCUCCUACCCUGUCCCGAGUGCAGAAGCAAUCAAGUCAAGAUUGACGGCAAACCUCAUUACCUUCACAUGGGAGAAAUUGUAGAUGGAAUUGAUAUGAGGGCAGAAGUUGGGCUGCUAACUAGAAAUAUAAUCAUCAAAAGUGAAAUGGAAGAAUCUUGUUACGGUCAAAAUUCUUGUGACAUUUUUAACUAUGAUACAUUUGGAGGACAAAUUAAGAUCCAAAAGAACUUUAAGUCUUUCCACAUGUCCGGCGUGGAGCUCGCUGCAUUAGGACAGCAGAUACUGGGGAGUUAUCCAGUGCAUUUCCAUCUCGCCGGAGAUGUUGAUGAAGAAGGAGGCUACAACCCCCCAACCUACCUGGAUAACGUGGCCAUUCAUCACUGCUACUCCCGCUGUGUGGUCGUGCAUGGGACCGAUGGACUUCUGAUUAAGGAUGUCGUUGCCUACGAUACGUUAGGCCACUGCUUCUUCCUGGAGGAUGGCGUCGAGCAGAGAAACACACUCUACCACAACCUGGGCCUUCUGACACGAUCGGGCACCAUUCUGCCCACGGACCGUGAUGAAGCCACGUGUCUGAAGAUGCGCAAGAAUGUCUUUGGGACGUAUAGGCCAGUGCCGAGCACCGAUUGUAUGGCUGUCAGCACAUUCUGGAUUGCCAAUCCAAAUAACAAUCUCAUAAACAACGCUGCAGCUGGAGCCCAGGAUGUUGGAAUCUGGUACAUAUUUCACCGAGUUCCCACUGGCCAUUCAAAAGGAAGGAUUCCAGAAGGUCAAGCUGAGUUGACGCCCAUGGGUGUCUUUUACAACAACAGGGUCCACUCUAAUUUCAAAGCAGGCCUUUUUAUUGGAAAGGGAGUGAAGACGACCAACGCCAGCGCAGAGGAUCCCAGGGAAUAUCUAACUGUGGAUAAUGCGAGGUUCCGGCCCCACCAGGACUCUGACCCAGCAAAGCCGCGAGUUCCAGCUGUCAUUGAUGGCCUAAUAGCUUUUAAAAAUAAUGACCAUGGCGCCUGGGCAAGAGGGGGAGAAAUCGUUUUUCAAAACUGUGGGUUCGCUGACAAUGGUAUCGGACUUACACUUGCAAGUGAUGGGACCUUCCCGACAGAUGAGGGCUCAAGUCUCGAGGUUACAGAUUCCAUCUUUGUUGGUGAGAGCAGUAAUGUAGGCUGCCAUGGAGGGCUGAACAGCUACUGGGGUGAAGGUGCCAAUGGAGAAAACCGAACAUUGCCUCGGAACAAGACUUUUCCAAUUCGAGGCUUCCAGAUCUAUGAUGGCCCCGUUCGGAUGACUAAGUGCACCUUUAAAAAGUUUACGCCUACAGCGGACAGGUACACCAGUGCCAUUGGUUUUUUUAUGAAAAAUGCCUGGCAGAUCAGCCCGCAGAACAAUGUGUCGCUCAUCAAGAUGGAGAGAAGUGUUGGAAUAAACGUUUUCUUUGGCAAGCCAGGCCAGUGGUUUGGAGCCUGUGACAUGGAUGGUGACAAAACGUCCAUUUUCCACGAUUUGGAUGGGUCGGUGACUGGGUAUCCAGAUUCGUUUGUGGCCAGGGUCGAUAACUACCUCGUCCACCACCCUGGAUGCCUUAUUGUCCCGAGAUGGAACGCGGUCAUCUGCAAUGGCCAAUAUGCACAGUUAUACAUUCAAGCCAGACGUCCAGAGGACCUCGUGCUUCUCAUCUCAAGGGAGACGUACCCCAGCCGGCCCCUGAGGCUACAAGGAGUCAACCGAGGGGCCCCUUACCAGCAGUACCAGCCGGUGGUGAUGUUACAGCAAGCGUACAUCCUGAGGUGGGAGGGUGGCACACCUGAGGAGCUCAUCCUGUACCCCGUCAACUUUAACAGAGGAAACUGGAUCCAAGUGGCCCUUUGCUAUCCUAAAGGCACAACUUUCAGAAUAGUGUCGGACAUAAACCAGCGGCACACUGGCAAAGUGCACAGCGUCGAGCAGUACUUGGCGGCUGCAUCCAUUCAGUCUGUGCUGGCAAAUACCGACAAGAGGCUCUACUUCCAUGACACUAGUUCUGGAUACCUGUUCCUGCACGUGAAAGCCAACCAUCCCCGCAAGGGGCACAGCUACUGCUCCAAGCAGGGCUGCGAGAGGGUGAAGAUCACGGCGCACGUUAUGUCGACUGCCGCCACAAACUGCCCGCCGAAUCCUUACGCAGUGAAAAGCUUCAACGCGCCGGCCAAGCGCCUCUCCGUGUCUCGACGUGUGCUGACUCCGUGCGACUUCUGUGGCGCCUCACAGGUUGCCAUAUCAAGUGAGCCUCACAGGAGCUUCAUCAGGGUGCAGGUCUUGUCGCUGAGCAGAACGAACAUCCAGAAUGGCCUCAAGUCGGCGUUCAUUAAGGUCAAUGAAGAAGUCUUUCUGUUUAAAAAGCAGGGCUUGUUUUUUGUGUCGGUGGAUGUUUGCACAGGCGAAGUCAAAAGUCGGCUUCACGUUGACAUCUUGAGCACCUCUCAGGCUAUCAGCGCCAUUGACUCUUACAUCAUCACUGGAAUUAAAGAAAGGUCCGUUGUCUUGGUUUGCUCGCGGGACAUCAAGGAGCUUUCCAUGGACUCCGGCGUCUCCUCAUUCCUCCUGUUAGGAUCACCAAAGGCCGUUCAGCUCUUCAGGAAAGGAAGCUUUGCAUUGCUUGGCUACAAAGGUCAGCCCAGACCAUCGUGGAUUAAAAUUGUAAGCCGGGCCGAGGGGCGAGAAGCCGCCUCCCUGCAGCAGUACAUCCCUUUGAAGCUGAAGCAAUACAAAUGUCCCAGUUACACGGCGGAAUACAGAAAAGAUGAAAAGCUCCUGAGAGGAAUUCUUCAGCAGAAGCUGCUGGAUGUGAAAUGACCAACAAGAGGCCAGCGGGCAGCAUCAUGCGUCGUUCUUCAUCCGCGUCUCUAUAUCACUGUUGAAAUAUAAUCAAUAAAAGCUUUCUCUCCCAA